AUACUGUACUUGGUGCAUGUAGGAGCUACAGGUUCCUGUUGUUACAUAAUGAAGAAUUUAAAUGUGUCUUUCAGUCAUCAUGGUAUUCAAGAUUUGACUCCUCCAUUACCGGUUCGGUUGCAAAAUGCUCUUAGUCAGCCUUCUUUACAAAUCCGAUGUGAAGAAGUUGGACGCAUUUUGAACGAAUCAACUAGCAAGGAUGCAAACUUUAUUCUUCGUGCAGUAGUAGAAAGCAUCUUUGGUAUAAAUGGCCAAGUAGGCUGGGGCUUGAGAACAAUAACACAUUCUGUUCUCAUUAGAGAGUUUGAACAUUUACGGGCGUUCUUGAGUGCUUCUGGUCCACUGCUGUCACUGACUUAUCGUCUGGCAAAUGAUCCAUUCCUCAUGUUUGAAUUUCCAGUGGCAUGUCUUCCAGCAAAAUCUCGUGCAGAAAUAGAAGAUGGGACUCCAGGAGUUUUCUACAUUAACAAAGUUCAGAAUCCAGGUCCUGGCAAAACUCCAAUCAAUAUUCUACUUAAUGCUUUUGAAUUUUAUAUAUUUCAUUUUGCACAUUUCCUUGUGAGUGGGAGCAACCAGAGAUGGUCACUUUCGUGGUCAACUGCUGGUGAUGCCCUCUAUCCCAGCCUGUUGGAAGACUACCUCAGCACAUUUCUUCCAUGUGACAGCUCGGUACCACCUGGUCCACCAAGCCCUCCUGUGUCACCCAGGGGUGUACUGUCUCCUGUCUCUUCCAGCAGUGGCACUGGAAAUCCCACAUUGUACCUGAGUACUUUGGUAUCUCCCAUUGCGUCUCGUUCACUACGCUCACCAUCCCCUCAUGGCUACCCCAGCACUGAUGGAAGUGGUGCACAUGCAUCAUCCCCACUACAUGCUACUCAUGUUCCACAUCCCCAGCUUAAUAUCUGGACCAGUCAGGUACUGUUGCAAGUGGUGAUGGAGAUGUGGGUGAAUCAGUGCCUUCCCCCGCCAGUGCGGUCACCAGGUCGCGUGCUGCCCUCCUCCCCUGCCUCGCCACAUGGUAGUCAGUACACUGCUCUGCAUGUGUGCAGUGUCUUUUCAGAACACACACCUCUAGAGUAUCGGCCAAAUUGGCUCACAAAUGGCUUUGAGGUGUUUGUGCCAUCAAGUGAUCACGUGAGAGUGGUGAGGAUGCUUAUUAAGCAUCUUCAUUUCUUUGCUAAUAGUGGAAAGUCCGCACAACCAUCGCCUCUGGAUGACUUGCGCAAGAAUCUGUGGAGCAUGUAUCGGAAGAGCCUCUACCAGUUCCUUCGUCAUACCUUCAGCCAUUGGCCCUUGGAUUCCUCCUUUAGACUGGUACUUGAAACUUGGCUGUCCUAUGUACAGCCAUGGAGAUACACAGACUAUUCACCAAUUAAUAGAAGUCCAACGCAAGGCUGUAGUGACUAUGAAUCACAACGUUCUGUGGAAGGAAGGUGGCAGGGUUUCAUUGCUGAGAAUCUCCUGUUCUACACUUUACUUUUCAACCACCUCAUGUGUCGAUUGUUUCGUUUGGACUUGUCAGCUCCUAAGAAUGCUCAGAUUCUUUUUAGAGUUACAAAGGUUUUUUCUCAGAUCAACCUUGGUUGCCUUAUUCGUGAAAUUGAGGAAGCCCUUGAGGAUCCACACUUCAUGCACCGCUCCUUACUUGGUGGAGCGUCUCACUCCUUAGGACAUCACGGAGGAUUUGCUGGAAUCCACAAUGAUCAGUUCCCAGCACGCUCUCUUGCAUCUGUUGCUCGAGGGCAUAUUAUGGAGAUGGAAGGCCCUAGUCAUUCAUAUCAUCCUAUGUUUAGUGCGGACAAUAUUGCUACGGUGGAAUCAUUACUAAAGCAUAUACGACGGGCACACGAGGCAGUAAUUAGGGAACAACAGCAACACUUCAGAGCCUGUGCAGCUGGAGUUAGUGAUGAUGGAAAUGACAAGGUGAAAAAAGAGAGCUGGUUGUCAAGUGUCAUCAAAUACAUCUUUGAUUCAUCAUCUCCAACAGAAGAUGAAAUAUCGAGUGAUGACAUCAGGAAGACGGUUAUUCAUUUGGAAACUGCGCAGAGACAACUUUCGGGGAUUUUCAAUAUACUAUUGCCUCUAGAAUAUGGACAGAUGACCAGUGACCUUGAACCAGGAUAUCAUGGCACUAAUCACUUGGAUUCCUUUUACCAACCUAAUCAGUUUAAGACUUCAGAUGACCAUGCAUCUCCUCAUUAUGCCAACUCUCCAAAGGGUCCUGUUCUUUCUAAUUAUGGUCGUUACCAAUUGAUGUCAGGGCUCCGGAGACGUGAUUUAAAAUAUGAAGGAGAUCCAGAUUUAAGACCAAUCUGCACCUUUGAAAUCCCCUUCCUUGUACGCUGGUUAUACUCUCUUGCUGCACUCAUUAAUUCCAAAUAUGGGAAGGAAAUGGUUAGUGUUUACUCCAGGCAAGACCCAGUUGGUUAUCUGGCAAAAGUGUUCCUCAAGGGUCCAGAGACAGUUUAUGAGUAUCACAAGAACAGCUCUGGUUCUCCACACUCUCGCAUUCCUAAGACUCUUCCACCAAGAUUAAGCUUGAGAUUUCAGGCCAGCAAACACGCCAUUGGAUAUGAACUGGGAUUUGCUCUUCUGUUUUAUGUCUUGGGCAUGUGGGGCUUGCUUGUGAAGAUAUUAGUAACAGCAGCUGCUGUUAUUUCUGUGCCUGCAUACAUCGCUCACCGUUACAUGGUUAAGCACCAGCCAGUAAGCUCAGAGCGUGAACACGAUGAACAAGAGUGGGAAGAGCAGCAGCAGCGGAGGGUUCCAACAUCGUUGCCACUACCACAAUUGUGAUAACAUCUCAUUUAGUGCAAGAUGAUGCAAGCAUUUAAGUGGUAAAAUGAGUGCAAAGGCUAAUGUAUAUUGUAAAUAUAAUGAUGAAAAAUUGUGGCAUCAUCUUAUGCACAUUUGAAAUUGGGACAUUAAUCACAUUAUUCUGAGAGUCAUACAUAUUAAUGAAUUCUGUUUUGUUUCCUUAGAUUACAGCACAUGUAUUUAUCAUAUAAUAUUGCCACUAACAGAACAAUACUCAUUGGUAUUUUUAGGUUCAGCAAAAGGAGACUUUUUAAUGAAAAAAUAUAAGUAUCAUUCAUAUUGUUCUUGAAAGGAAACAACAUUGACCAUUGUCUUUUAAGUAAAUUUUUUGUAUUGUUAGAAUAAACUUUUAUAUUAUCUUUAUUAAUAAAGAAAUAUAAAUUUG